AUGUUUCGGCGCGGUUUAUCAGACGCAGAAAUUGCGGAUUUGAUCAAUCAUAGCGACACUCUGGAUAAUGUAGAGAGUGAUUCAGACGAUUCUGAAUGCAAUGGUGUGUUUGAAGAAGACGAGAUUGAUGACAGUUUGUCUUCAGAUGAAGACGAGAAUGAUGUUGAAGGUGUUGCUUCAAAUCCAGCAGCUGUGCCGUAUCCGAAAGACAGUGAGUGGACUGCAGUUGACACCUACCGACCUCUGCCUGUCAACACGACACCCAGGCAGAUACUAGUGGAUAUUGAUGAGUCGAGUUCUGUACUGGAUUGCAGUAAAGUGUUCCUUACUGACAGUGACGUAAAUGAACUCAAGAGACAGACAAAUUUGUAUGCAUCACAGACAAUACAGAAGAAAAGAAGAGGAAAUAAUCUGAAGCCCCAUUCAGUUUUGAGUUCGUGGAAGCCAGUGACUAUAAGUGAGAUGAGGCGUUUCUUGGGUAUUAUUUUCCACAUGUGUGUUUCGAAAAAGCCCAAAAUUGCGGACCAUUGGAGCACUAAUCCUGUUCUUAGUUGUAACUUUUGUCCCCAUGUCAUGAGCCGUUUGCGUUUCACUCAGAUACUGUCAUGCUUGCAUCUUGUUGACAAUUCAAAUCAGAAAAAACCAGGCGAAGAUGGAUUUCAUCCACUUUACAAAGUUUUGCCAUAUUAUAAUAAUUUGAAGGAGCGAUGUAUCCAGGCAUAUCGUCCCUCAGAAAAAGUGACAAUUGAUGAAGGAAUUUGCCCAUUUCGAGGUCGUGUGAGUUUCCAUGUUUACAUGCAAAAUAAGCCUCAUAAGUAUGGACUGAAAGUAUAUGCUGUUGCUGAAGCCAGUAGUGGCUAUGUUGUAAAUUUUGAAGUUUAUGCUGGUAAGCAUAUUGUUGACAAUUCUUCGUCUGCGGUUAUUUUGCGAUUGUUGUCUGACAGCAGCUUGCUGAACAAAGGCCACACUGUGUAUUUAGAUCGAUUUUAUUCCAGUCCAGAGCUAUUUCAGCAACUGGCAGAGAAAGGCACUGGAGCUGUUGGUACUGUGAACAAAUCCAGGAAAGGAUUGCCUAAAGAUUUAGUAUCUGCUACGCUGAAAAAGGGCGAAAUGUCUUUUCGGCGUAAAGAUAAUGUAUUGGCAAUGAAGUGGAAAGAUAAGAGAGAUGUGUAUACAUUGUCUACAAGGCAUCAAGCAACAUUUGGUACGCAUACUAAGAGAAAUGGGUCUGUAGUAUUGAAACCACUUCAGGUACUUGAUUACAACCUCAAUAAAAUUGGAGUGGAUAUUGGAGACCAACGCCUGCAGUACAAUCCGUUCCAGCACAGAACUGUGAAAUGGUGGCGAAAAUUAUAUUUCCAUUUGCUGCUUAUGGGAGUAUCAAAUGCAUUUUGGCUGUACAAUGCAGUGCACAGGAAGAAAAUUACAAUAACAGACUUUAUAACAGUGCUUGCAGUUCAGCUUGUUGAAGACGACACACUUGAAUUCAUUCCAAGAAAUGUAGGAACUACUGUAAGUGGAGCACACUUGUCGCAAGGCUGCCACGUGUCGCAGCCGCUCGGCCCACGUCCAGCUCAGAGCGCGGGGCGCACGCGCCGCCACUCUGCAAUGAUCGUGGCUCGUUGA